GGCGUGUUUUAAACAGCGACUCUUCGGCUUCACGUUGAGACACAAGAAGAAGAAACAGUUUGUUUAGUUUUAAAAGGACGUUUAACUCCACUGUGACUCUCAGACGAUGCCGUGAGUCGUGAGGCCGCUCAGCUGUCAGCGAUGGACGACUGGUGCUCGGUGGCCGUGGGACUCUUCCAGGUGUGGAUGUUCGUGGUGAUCUUCCUCAUCAUGCUGCCCGCCAUGUUCGGCCUCUCUCUGGGGGUCACCGGGGUCUACAUCCGGAUCCUGGUCCGGAUCCUGGAGUGGGCCACGCUACGGAUCCAGAGAGGCCGGCAACAGCAGCCCAGUGUUCCUGUUCCUCUCCCCGACGGGAUCAUUGAGAGAGCGGGGGGCUCGAUGGAGGAGGAGAUGGGGCAGCUGAGGAGCUCGGGGUCUCUGGAGUUUUCUCUGAGCGACGCCUUCUACUUCUACCAGAAAGGUCUGGAGAGCAUCAUUGACGACCAGGUGACCCAGCGCUUCUCCUCCGAGGAGCUGGCCUCCUGGAACCUCCUCACCAGAACCAACCAGAACUUCCGCUACAUCAGCCUCCGCCUCACCGUCAUCUGGGGGGUCGGCGUCUUCGUCCGCUACUGCGUCCUCUUCCCCCUCAGGAUCACGUUGGCCACCAUUGGUCUUUCAUGGCUCGUGAUCGGAACCAGUCUGCUGGGAUUUCUGCCUGAGAGCAGUGUGAAGACUUGGCUCAGUGAACUCGUCCAUCUGACCUGUUACAGGAUCUGCUCCAGAGGACUGUCAGCCACCGUCCGCUACCACAACAAAGAGAACAAACCUCAGAAAGGAGGAAUAUGUGUCGCUAAUCACACGACGCCCAUCGACGUGGUGAUUCUGGCCAACGACGGCUGCUACGCCAUGGUGGGUCAGAUCAACGGAGGUCUGAUGGGGGUCCUCCAGAGGUCCAUGGUGAGGUCGUGUCCUCACGUCUGGUUCGAGAGGUCGGAGAUGAAGGACCGCCACACUGUGACCAGCAGGUUGAGAGCUCACGUUGCAGCUAAGACCAAACUUCCCAUCCUGAUAUUUCCUGAAGGAACCUGCGUGAACAACACGUCCGUCAUGAUGUUUAAGAAGGGAAGCUUUGAGAUCGGAGGGACCAUAUACCCGGUCACCAUCAAGUACGAUGCUCGCUUCGGAGACGCCUUCUGGAACAGCAGCAAAUACAACAUGGUGAGUUACCUGCUGAGGAUGAUGACCAGCUGGGCCGUCGUAGUCAACGUGUGGUACCUCCCUCCCAUGACCAGACAGGACGGUGAGGAUGCAGCUCAGUUUGCCAACAGAGUGAAAUCUGCCAUCGCUCAUCAGGGAGGACUGCUGGACUUAGCGUGGGACGGAGGACUGAAGAGAGAUAAAGUGAAGGAGUCCUUUAAAGAGGAGCAGCAGAAGAAGUACAGCAGCAUCAUCGUGGGACAGGAAGUCCUCAGGCAGAGACACUGAACCAUCUUCAUCAUCUUCUUCAUCAUCAUCAUCUUCAUCAUCUUCUUCAUCUUCAUCUUCAUCAUCUUCAUCAUCGUCGAUAACCAGCAAAGGGAUCAGAGGAUGAAGCUUCAUGUGACUGAUGGAGACCAAGAAAAGUCUACUUUAACACUUUUUAUCUUCUUUAAGUCUGUGUGUGUGUGUGUGUGUGUGUGUGAGAGUGUGUGUGUGAGUGCGUGUGUGUGUGAGUGAGUGUGUCUCCACCAGCAGGAGGAGCUGUCUCACAGCACAUAAUCUCUCAGUGGAGACUGAGUGUUGAGCACAUUGAUGAUGUCAUGAACUUUAUUAUUAUAUCAGUGAGGUCACAGAUCUCAGAUCUUCUCAGAUGUAUUUUUAAACUAAAUAUGCAUUGCUGCUCUUCUUCUUCUUCUUCUUCUUCUUCUUCUUCUUCUUCUUCU